AUGCUGCUCUUUGCUCUUCCAACCAUUCUCCUAGGCCUUAGCGGUCUUGGAGCAGCCUUCUGUGGCAUGCCAGACCUGACCGACGAGGACCAUGCCAUCAUGCGCCAGCUGCAGGCGAAUACUUCUAACCGACUAGACACUCGGGCUGUAUCGAUAGACUCAAUCCAAGUCUAUGUCCAUGUUGUCACGGACUCCAACCUCAACGACCUGUAUACGGAUGAUAUCCAGAAGAAUAUCGACGUUCUCAACGAAGAGUUCGCUGACACCGCGUUCGACUUCGAGCUCGUCGACAUCAGGGCCAUCGUGUACCAAUACGACAAGGAGUUAAAGUGGAACUCGUACGCUGAAAAGGCCAUCAAGCGCCACCGCAUCGGCACCGCCGACACCCUCAACAUCUACUUGGUCCCGCGUCUCUUCGACGGGGUUUUCGGAUACACGACGAUGCCGUCGGCCUUCAAGGGCAACCCCCUGGAUGACGGCAUCGUGAUAAUCCGCGACGCCGUCCCCAAGCUAAAAGACAACGGGGCUUCCUUAGGCCUGGCCUUGGUCCACGAAGUUGGCCACUGGCUUGGUCUGGCCCACACCUUUGACGGCGGUUGUAGCGAGCCUGGGGACUACAUUGACGACACCCCGGCCGAAAUUGGGGGGAGCACAGGUUGUCCUGUUGGCCGCGACUCAUGCCCGGACAUGCCUGGGCUGGAUCCGAUUCAUAACCAUAUGUCCUAUUAUUCCGAUGAGUGCAAGUCGGAAUUCACGCGUGGCCAGAUGCGGCUUAUGGAGGACACUUGGAAGAAAUACAGGGAUGCCCAUCGCCCUCAGACUACUAAAACUAAACACCCUCCUCCAACUAAGCAUCUUCGCCCACACGGCAAACCCUCUCACUCGGGCAUCAAACACUCUCACUCGAGGACUAAACACUCUCACACAGGCACUAAAUCCACUCCUUCAAGCACUAAGUCCACUCCUUCAAGCACCAAAGCUAAGCAGACCAAAGCAGGCUAG